CACAGCCCCGAGUGUCUGCACAGAGCAGUGUCCCCAAGAGGAAAGUCAAAUAUUGAGCCCUAGGAUGAAGGUUCCCAGCGAGAAGGCAUAGACCUGGGUCUGGGAUUGGACUUUUAAGUUAGAAGUGUCCCUGAAACAGACUCCUGGGACGACAUGAUGGAAGGAUUCCCACUUGGGGGUGCUGUGUAGGCAGCUGCGUUUUUCAGAACCACAGUAUUUCCAUACCUCCGAUCCUGGAAAACUGCUGUGAAUUCAGAGACAGGUUCCAUCCUUCCUCUUGCAUCUGGUUUUUUGUGUGACGUCAGAGCAGAUGCGGCCCUGAGGGGAUUUGCUAGGCCGGCCUGUGCUCUAAGAAAGUUUGGUGUCUCAUGAUUUUCCUUCUUCCCCAAUCCUGCCUUUCGUCAAAAGAAGGAUCCUGAGGAAGAGGAAAAAAAUGUUGUAGCACGUCUAAAAGUCCAGUUCCAGCCCUGGCUUCCCUGGAUUCUUUGCUUCUCUGGUGGAGGAAGCCCAAGAAGAACUGACAAGUUCUUGCAAUUCUAAAACCAUGGCCCAUGUGUCCUUGGCAUUCAGGGAUGUGGCCAUAGACCUCUCCCAAGAGGAGUGGGAGUGCCUGGACCCUGUUCAGAGGGACUUGUACAGGGAUGUGAUGUUGGAGAACUACAGCAACCUGAUCUCACUGGGAUGUACCAUUCCUAAGCCAGAUGUGAUUACUUUAUUGGAGCAAGAGAAAGAGCCCUGGAUGGUAAUGAAGGAAGGGACAAGGAGUUGGCACACAGAUUUGGAGUGCAAAUAUGUCACUGAGAAGUUAUUUCCAGAAAAGGAUGUUUGUGAAAUAUAUUUAUCUCAAUUGCAGACAGUGGAAAAAAGUAAAACCUACAUCUCUGAGGACACCAUUUUCAGAAAUGGUUUGCAGUGCAAACAUGAAUUUGAGAGACAAGAGGGACAUCAGAUGGACUGUGUUAGUCAAAUAAUAAUCCAAAAACAAAUAUCUUAUCCUCUACAUCAGAAAGUUCAUGCUAGAGAGAAAUCAUAUGAAUGUAGGGAAUGCAGGAAGUCCUUUAGACAACAGUCAUACCUUAUUCAGCAUCUGAGAAUUCAUACUGGUGAGAGACCUUAUAAAUGUGCAGAAUGUGGAAAGGCCUUUUGUCGAGUGGGAGACCUUAGAGUACAUCAAACAAUCCAUGCUGGGGAGAGACCUUAUGAAUGUAAAGAAUGUGGGAAGGCCUUUAGACUUCAUUAUCACCUUACUGAACAUCAGAGAACACACUCUGGUGUAAAACCCUAUGAGUGUAAAGAAUGUGGGAAGGCCUUUAGUCGUGUUAGAGACCUUAGAGUACAUCAGACAAUUCAUGCUGGGCAGAGACCUUAUGAAUGUAAAGAAUGUAGGAAGACCUUUAGACUUCAUUAUCAACUUACUGAACAUCAAAGAAUUCAUACUGGUGAAAGGCCUUAUGAAUGCAAGGUUUGUGGAAAGACUUUUAGGGUGCAACGACAUAUUAGUCAACACAAGAAAAUUCACACUGGUGUAAAACCCUAUAAAUGUAAUGAAUGUGGGAAGGCCUUUAGUCAUGGCUCAUACCUUGUUCAACAUCAGAAAAUUCAUACUGGUGAGAAACCCUAUGAAUGUAAUGAAUGUGGUAAGUCCUUUAGUUUUCAUGCAGAACUUACUCGACAUCACAGAAUUCAUACUGGUGAGAAACCCUAUGAAUGUAAAGAAUGUGGAAAAGCCUUCCGUCUUCAGACAGAACUUACUCGGCAUCACAGAACUCAUACUGGUGAGAAACCCUAUGCAUGUAAGGAAUGCGGGAAGGCCUUUAUCUGUGGCUACCAACUUACUUUACACCUGAGAACUCAUACUGGUGAGAUUCCCUAUGAAUGUAAGGAAUGUGGGAAGACCUUCAGUAGUCGUUAUCAUCUUACUCAACACUACAGAAUUCAUACUGGUGAGAAACCCUACAUAUGUAAUGAGUGUGGGAAAGCCUUUCGUCUUCAGGCAGAACUUACCCGACAUCACAGAAUUCAUACUUGUGAGAAACCCUAUGAAUGUAAGGAAUGUGGGAAGGCUUUUAUUCGUAGCAAUCAACUUAUUUCACACCAGCGAAUUCACACCAAUGAGAAUACCUAUGGAUGUGAAGAAUGUGGGAAGAUUUUUAGUCGACGCUAUAAUCUUACUCAACAUUAUAAAAUCCAUACCGGUGAAAAACCCUAUCAAUGUAAAGAAUGUGGAAAGGCCUUUCGCUUUCAAACAGAACUCACUCAGCAUCACAGAAUUCAUACUGGUGAAAAACCCUAUAAAUGUAAGGAAUGUGGGAAAGCCUUUAUUCGUAGCAAUCAUCUUACUCAACAUCACAGAAUUCACACCGGUGAGAAACCCUAUGAAUGUAAGGACUGUGGGAAGACCUUUAGUCGUCACUAUCAUCUUACUCAACAUCACAGAAUUCAUACUGGUGAGAAACCCUACACAUGUAAUGAGUGUGGGGAUGCUUUUAUUUGCAGUUAUCAACUUACCUUACAUCAAAGAAUUCACACUGGUGAGAUUCCAUAUGAAUGUAAGGAAUGUGGAAAGACCUUUAGUCGUCGGUAUCAUCUUACUCAACAUUUUAGACUUCACACUGGUGAGAAACCUUAUGGCUGUAAAGAAUGUGGAAAAGCCUUUCGCCUUCAAGCAGAACUUACUCGACAUCACACAAUUCAUACGGGUGAGAAACCCUAUAAAUGUAAAGAAUGUGGGAAGGCCUUCAGUGUUAAUUCAGAACUUACUCGACAUCACAGAAUUCAUACUGGUGAAAAACCCUAUAAAUGUAAAGAAUGUGGGAAAGCCUUUAUUCGUAGUGAUCAACUUACUUUACAUCAGAGAAAUCAUAUUAGUGAGGAAACCCUAUGCAUGAUGUAAAGAGGACAUGAUGGCCUUUAGCAAAUGCCUUUCACAGCAGCAGAGAAUUUGUAAUUUAAGAAAUUUCUUACCUGUUAGGGAACAUGUAGGAAUCCCUUUUGCUUCAUGCUCAGAACUUAGCAGAAGUGGUGUUAGAUGUUCGUUUAAAGAGUUGAGAAACUGUAGCAUUUCUCAGUCCUGGUUACACUUUAACAGCUUGAUACCGGUACAGUGUAUCUCAAACCAUCAAGGACUUUCUCCCCUGCAAACUGCGGUUGAACAGUACUUCUAUAAAAUGCAAUCAUAUUGGAUUCCCAAAAAAAUGGAAUGGAAAGAAAACAGACAUACAAAAUAAAAGCCCAAUCUGUUAUUAUUGAAUUUAACGGGCAUAAAUUAGCUCUAUCAAAUUGCUAAAGUUUCUAAAUAUUUGCUCUCACUUACCUCAACUCAUUGUAGACCAGAAGCAAACAAUUUGUGGACCAGUGUCAGCACAUUGACCACACUUUAUAUAGCAUGGUAACAGAACAUGAUUCUGUUAAUAUAAAGAACAUGGGAAAGACUUUAGCAAUGGUAUGUCUUUGCUAUAAUUUUCAUAAUUCCACUUUGGCCUGUGUGUGGUAUUUGGCAAAACACUUCUCCCCUCUGUACUUCACUUUUAAAAUGGUAAUAAUAGUACCUACCUAAUAGUAUUUUUGCAAGGAUGAAAUAUUAAUAGAAAAUAAAGCCUUUAGAAGAGUGUUUGACAUGUGCUCAAUAAAUAUUAUUGUUCUUAAUUUUAUCAUUAGUGGUACUAUUAGUAAAUUCAUGUAAGAGGAAGACCCUGUGGGUGUAAGGAAUUUGUAAAACCUGUCCUUUAUCUUUUACUCCUUACUUAAAUUUGGGUGAUUGUGAAUAAAAUCCAGUAAAAUAGAGUAAACUUUCUAAAAUCAAAACACAUCUCUGAAAAUCAGCAUGAGGAAAAAAACUCUAGAUAUGAUGAGUGUGAAGAUUAUAAGAAUAAAGCUUUUGAAGAAUCUGGGAGAGCUAUAAUGCUUUCCCUCUCCAAAGCUAAAAAGAUAUGUUACAGUCUGCUUCUUCUGUCCACAACUCAUGAUAAGUUAGAACCUAAUAACCGAAAGACCACUGUCCAUUUGGAAAUAUUAAAAGAAUAGUACAUGAACACUAGUAUGUCCUCUAGGUUCAGCAAAUUGUUAAUAUGCUGUAAUAUCUGGUUUGCUUCUCUAUAGUAUUUACUUAUUUUUGCUAUAGUAUUUGAGUAUAAAUUGUUGACAUGACAUAUCCCAUCUCCUAAGAAUAAAGGCUGCCUCCUGUUUAAUCACUGUAUACCUUCACACCUAAGGAGAUUAACAAAAAUUGCAUAAUCUGUAAUAUUCAGUCCAUAUUCAUAUUUUCUCAAUCGUGUGAAGAAUGCUUUUAGUAGGUUAUUUUUUUAAACUUAGGAAUCAAAAUAAAUUCAUGGAUUGCAUUUGGUUAUGCA